GCGCCUAUCCGGAGCCUCUGCCUCCCCCGAACCAAUCAGUGGGGCGUCUAAGGGGGCCUCUUCUUCCGUGCCCCGCCCCUUGGCUACCGGAUGUGUGAUGUGGCUCGCGGCGCUGCGUAACCAUGUCUGCAAUCUUCAAUUUUCAGAGCCUACUGACGGUAAUCCUUCUGCUUAUAUGUACCUGUGCAUACAUAAGGUCAAUGGCUCCCAGGUUACUGGAUAAUAAUCAAACUGGAUUAUUGGGCAUAUUCUGGAAGUGUGCCAGGAUUGGCGAGCGGAAGAGCCCUUAUGUAGCUGUGUGCUGUAUUGCGAUGGCCUUCAGUAUUCUAUUUAUACAGUAAAAAUGGGGAAAUGUCAGGAAUAUAUUUGUCAAGCGCAUAUGGAAUAAAAGACAUGGGAAAAACAGAAGAGAUGAAAAAUAUGUUCUACACUUCACUUUCUUUGUUAAUGCUGGACAAGACACACCUUUGACAAUUUGUUUCCAUAUUUCAGUUAGGGGAGCAGUGGUGUAUUAAAUUAUAAAAAUGCAGUUAUUAAUUAAUACUG